GGUCAGUAGAGAAAACUGACUAGGUCCUGUAAUACUUAUGGAAGACCAAUCUUGUGCAUCCGGGAGAUCCACACUUCCACUGGGAAGCACUCAGGAAGCCAAGCCACCAAAAAAACGCUGCCUCCUGGCUCCGCGGUGGGAUUAUCCGGAAGGAACUCCCAAUGCGGGUACUACCACUCUCCUCUCUGCACCUCCUGCAUCAGCCGGCCUGAAGUCACACCCUCCUCCUCCUGAAAAGUAA